ACGCAUGCCGGGAACUGCCGCACGUUCAAAAUGGCAGCCACCUUGGGAGAAAGCAAUGCGUCCCAGGAUAAUGGUGGCACUGCUGAGAUGUGCAAUACAAAUAUUCCACAGACAGACGACAUUCUAACUGACACAACGGCCAAUGAGCCAGAUGCAGCUGCACAUAAUGAUAACUUGCAAGGUCAGGGUUUCAAAUCUGCUCAAGCGGAAUUCAACAAGGAAAGAAAGGUCUUGAUUAAGAAUGUGCCCACUGGGACGUGUACACAGGAUAUAGAAGAGUUUUUGAAAGAUUUUGAAGUUAAAGAAACUACUUACUGUUGCCAGUCUCAACAGGCUGUGGUGGUAUUACUGCAUGGGGAGGAAGCUGAGGCAGUGGUCAGUGCCCUGGACAAUUGUGAGCUCCUGGGGUCAGAGGUAUCAGUGUGUCUCUGCCCCAGCGACAGACUGCUGGGGGUAGCACAUCUCCCACAGGAUUACACUGAUCAACAGUUCACACAGCUAGUCUCAUCUCAUGGGAAAAUACUCAAGGCUUUCUUGAUGAGAAAUCAACAAUCAGGUAAAAGCAAGUCAUAUGGCUUUGUUGAGUUUGAGGAGAGUGAAGAGCGAACCAGAGACAUCAUGGCUGAGUUGGACUGGAGUGAAUUGGGAGAUAGAAAGUUACAUGUGGACUUCAUAGAGGAAAAUCUGCAAACAUGGAGCAAGCUACAGUCUCGUUGUCUCCUCAUUGACAACUUGCCGUGGGACUUUGUGGAUGUCUCAAAAAUGCGUGAAAUGUUCAGCUGUGUCACAAGUCCCGUCUACUGUCAGAUAGCUGUGAAAGAUGGGAAGUCACUUGGCUUUGGAAUCAUUGAAUUUCGUGAAGACGGUGAAGCUGAAGCUACCUGGAUUAAACUACAAGGUCAUUUACUCAAGGACACCCCUCUAUCACUGUCCUUCUGUCUUCCGGGGCGGCCAGCUGUUGUCAUAUACAACCGAAUCAUGUGGAAGAUGGACAAGAAGUUUGAGCCCAGCAACAAGAGCAGCCUACUACCAGACCCACUGUUUGUGAGUCCUGCCCUGCUGAGCAGUCCACUGGUCAAGGGGCUUACUAACCAGUUCCCUCAGUUGAUCCCAACCUUUAUGAAGUCACUUCAUCAGCUUCACCAGACCUACAUCAACUCAGUGAUGUCCCGCAAUGCCAAGCCAGGACUGCUUGGCCCGGCUCCAUACCCACCCAUGAGCCCAAUUAUGAACCCCAACAUGCAGCUGGGACUUAUCAUCCUCAUAGCCCUACGUAUGCAGGCACAACAGCCACAGCAGUUCACAGGACCCCUGGCAAGACAGCUGAAUCUGCUCGGUCAACAAACUGAUACUCAGAACAAUUCUGUAGGCAGCAAGCCCUCACUUCUCGGAGACCCAAUGAUAGCACGUGCCAAUAUGUUGUUGCAAAGUUUGUUAGUUCAGCUAAGACCACCCCAUGCCUCAACCACACAAAAUCCAACCAUGCCCAAACCUCACAUGCCCAUUCAAACAGACUUCACAUCAACUGCAGAUCCCAAAGAUGCACAAUUUUUCCAGAACAAUUUACAGAAUGUAAAAAAUCUUAACCUGAAUCUGCUGAUGAGCCUUGGUCAAGUAAUGUUUUCAAUGAACAGUAAGCAGAGUGAAGGAAUUGAUCAGCCAGUGCUCACAGCUCAGCCUUCAAACAAGGGGAAGGAAGGAUUGUUACCGAACCCAAAUCCUGUAGCCAGUUCCAGUAUGAGAAAUGGUCCCCUGGGAAAGUCAAUGAUGGGUAAUACAUCUGAUGGUAACAGCAUCGCACAGACUCUGCCUAGUGCACUUGCCCCUGCAUUACUGAAGACAAGUAGCCAUGAACCUGGAGCUAAGUCUUCGCUGCUGGGGGAACCACCAUCUGGUCUACAAGGGUUGGGUUUAAAAGAUUUUGGCAACAUUCUGGGCACACACCUUUCCAAGUCUGUCUUCAGUCACCCGAAGGGUGUUGGUGGGGAUGCAGGUUUUUGGAGUGGAAAUGGCGUCAACUUUGAUGACUCAGGAUAUGUGGAGCCUACUGAAUAUGGCCAACAGAAGCAGUUCUCAGAACACUACCUACAGCCUCUGUCUUCCGGCUCUCAGAACAGCAGCAGUAAUGGCAGCAAUGGGUCCAGCCUCGUGCAUGCCUUGGCCAACUACCAGGCUGCUACCAGCGCACAGAGCAGCGACCCAACAUCCAUGAGCUACACAGGUUCUGGCGGCCUGCUCCCAACACCAGCAGGAACGUCCUCUGCAUACACCCCCUCUCCUCCUGUUCACCAUAUCAAAGUGCCAAGCACGCCAAUUGGUCAAAAGCGAAGUUAUAGUUCUCUCUUACCAAAACCAGAACCCAGCCCAGAAGGUGAAUAUAUCAUAGGGCAACAUUCGCAAGGCAUCGGGGGACAUUAUGCUGACUCCUAUCGCAAACGCCAGAAAUUGGAUCAACGCUACUGAGUCUAAUUUUGUACUCAGACUAAUUUGCUGACAGUCAGACUGGGAAUAUGGACAAGUAAGGACUGUUGCAUCUCCUCAGCAUCCCCUGUUUCACGUAGGAUGGUGGUAGACACAUAUGAAGCUGUGUGUCUGUGGGGUCACCAUGAUCUGUAUGGACUUUGUUAAUGGCCAUAAACCCAGCUACAUCAAAUCUGAAUGUACAGUAUCAUAUAGAAAUGCUGUGUAUGGCAACUUGGAUUUGAAAUUAUGUCCAUUAUUACUAAAAAGAAAUAUGGCUUAACCAUAUAUUUAUAUGGACACUUCAAACAGUAAAUCAUGACAUAUGCUUUAUGUACAGUAUUACAUAAAACUGUUUUAGGAUGAAUGGGGUUGCGUUGAAGAAAAACAACAUUUCUUGUAGAGGAUAUUUUCUAAAUAAAAUGUAAUGCCAAAGAUUGAUUACAGUGCAGUUCUGUAAGUUAUGCAGUCAGAUAGUUGGAGUUGUGUCCUCUGCAUCAGUGUUUCCUAUCACAUCAAGCUGGCAUGCAGUGAUAUGACUUGAAUACUGAUGCUCCCUUUAAGUUCCCUUGUGUGACCCAAUAUAAGUGGACACAUUCAGAUAGUGUGUUUAUGCUUGUGGGAUGGUGUAAUAUGCAUAUGAACGAAAUAAAUUAACUGGCCAGUCAUCUUGCCCUUAGAGUUGUGAAUCAUUAAUCAGGGCAGAUGGCUAUUUAAUAAUGUAAUACUCCAAUAAAGGUAUUGCAGAUUAAGUUGUCCCCUUGUUUAAUAUGACCCAUUGCAUUGCUGCGUGUGUCUGGUACCUCUACCGAUUCCUGUUGGAGGGCUCUGCUGUAUUUAUGGACAUGUUCAAUUUGAUAUAGAACGUAAGUCCAAACUGUUUUGUAUGGCUGCUUCAUUCUAUUUUAUUUCUCUGCUGUCUGUACAAAAAGCACCGGUCUCUCCAGCCUGAUGUACGAGAUUCAGUAGUACACCACACAUUCCAUGCAUGAAGCAGUUGAUGUGAUUUGGACCAUUUGUUCUGAAUUAAUCCAAAAAUGUAUCAUUGUGAUGUCACAAUGUAACUGACUUGAUAUUAAUGGUAGUAUAUUGUUCGAUUAUUUAAUGAAGAAAUAUCAUCACUCUUUUGGCGGCACUGAUAUAUUUCAUGAUGACAUGUCAUUUCUGCUUACUGUUUUUAUAUUUAAACAGCGUGUUUUUAUAUGAUGCUUUCCCAGACAGACAUUUUGUUCCAGGCUUCACAUCUCAGUGACUUUUAGCCUCUAUUUCACCAAAAAGAGAAACUUGUGCAGCCGAGUCACUUAAGUUCAGUUAGACUUUCUGGACGAUGAUCAAUUGAUAUCAACAUCAGCUCGCUCCAGUGAGAUGUAGAGUUGCUUUAGUUUUAGUUCAUUUGGAGAAGUAUAAUAGCUCCAGCAGGGUUUACUGUGCUUCUCUUGUAUAGUGAUGGAGUGAGUGCCACCUUCAUCUCUACAGCCAACCAGUGAACAUUUACAGUAUUCACACCCAUCACUUGUCAUUGUGUACGUAUGUGAUGAAACAUGUCCACAUGCUGCUACUGCUGGUUAUAAAUACACUGUAGUACCACAGUAGGACGUUCAGUAUUUCCUUACCUGACAUCAUUGUAUAGCUUUAAUAUUCCUUCUUGUUAUUAUCUGAAGGUUUGUUAAUCAUAAUGUGUAAGUAAGAUCAUUAUGUGUGUGUUCAUUUUCUGUCACUAGUUAACUUGCCAAUAGUACAUAGUCUACAUGAGGCACAAUAUGUCAUAAACUUCUCUUGAUGUAGGUAAGGUAACCUACAUUGAUGACUUUCAGAGAGACAAAAAGAGUAAAUAAUGGGAUUUACUGUGGCCCCACAAGCAGGCUCUAAAUUGUUUAUGCUUUUUAAUGAUAUCACAUUCCUACAUUCAAGUACACAAUGAAAAUCAUCUCAUACUGUGUGACCUGUUACUCUGUGAAUAAUGUCCAAAGCUGCAGCUCUUGUCAUGUGUUACCUGUGGAGGUAUACAGGAACAUCUUCAUCCCCUUCUCACUCAUGAAGGAUUUGUAUUAGACCCUUGGGUGCAGGCAUUGCAUGCUUUUGUUUUGAAGCAUUAAUACAGCAUCAGUUCCCAGUAUUGAGAUUAUUUUCUUUGCCCUUGCCAGCAAACAGUUGCAGUUACUGCUAGUAGCCACCUCUGUUUUAUACUUCUACAUUUAUGUGUUUAACAUAUUUAAUUCAUUUUUGUUUUGUGUGACAGGAUGAUUUUUAUGCAGUGAUCUGACAGCUGGCUGUAUGAUUUGAUGAAUAUGGUGUUGUAUGUGUAAUUAGUUGUGAAUGUAGACAAGUGUGUGAAAGUAUUUGUACAGUACCAUGCUUCUACUGUUCUGUAGCCUGUUUUCCUCUUAGUCUGCUCUAUAUCCUGUCUUAUUUCAUCUGUCUCUAAAACUUCCGUACUCUAUGCCGAUUGGUUGUUCCAGUCAUUGACAAUGCAUUUGCAAUUGUAAAAUAAAUGUUCAAACAGUA